CGCUUCAAACACCACAAAAAUACAUAUUUAACCUUUAAAAACACUUUCAAAUAAAUCUGUGAUAUACUGGAAUUCAUAUGUAACUAUGGCAACUAUGGAAUCACCUGACCUGACCUGAUCACAUGACAGCACCUGGCAACACCUGGCGUCACCUGGCAACACGUUCCACAUUCUAUUUCUACUUUAUGACAUCAUAAAGCUUCACUUGUUCAUUUAUAUAAGUGUAGCACAAGUUCCAGUGUAAAAUCACUUCUAUUCAGACUUCGACCGAGACACAGAGACUCACCACAGACAAACAUGCCCAAAGACUGGUGCGAUUACACUAGUGAGGACGACGAACUCCUGUACAGCCAGGAGUUCAACCUGAUGGAGGCGUUGGGAUUAACACCUACCAACCCACAUCAGGCCUCUGGACCAGCAGAACAGGUGGUCCACACCUUUCAAAAUCCUCAAGAGUUUCUAACUCUUGAGGAGUUAGAACGGGAGCAGCUUGGACCUCAACACCACCAGAGGUCCAAGGAGGACGAGGAGAAGGGCAUGGCUUUAGUCAUGUCUCGACUCCAGGCUGCCUCAGCUGCUCAGGCCAGAGCCAGAGAAGAUCUGUUCAUCCAACCAGAUGAACUGAACAACCAGCCUCAGUCCCGAGAUAUUGAGGGACUGGAGAAACAGGUCGCUGACCUGACAGCGCUGUUGCAGCAACACGAAGACGAUUCCUGCAGAAAAUCAGCAGAGUGGAAAACGGAAAAGCAGAGACUCCAGCAGGACUCUGCUGAUCUGAAUUCUAAACUCCAGGAAAAGUCUUUGGAAAAUACCGCUCUGAGAGAACGCAACUCUCACCUGGAGCGUAUUGUGGCCCAACUUGAAAAAGACAGGUCAUCUCUGGAGCUCAGACACCAAAAGGAGGCUGAGCUGAAGGCCCAGAAGCUCCAGGAACUCGAGAACAUGCAGACACAGGUCCAAAACAUUGUGCAGACCCGUGAGAAGCUGCAGGACUGCCUGAGGAGGUCUCAGGAAGAGCACUCCAUCCUCAAAAAAAGGUACGGGGCUCUGAAGAAGGAUCUGAUGCAGGAGGUGGAACAGGAGAAAAACAACAUUGCUGAGCUCCAGAAAGAAAAUGCCACCAUUCUGAAGUCCUGCCAAGAGCUAAGCUUAGAGCGCUCCCUGCUGGAGAAGAAGUGCAGUGGACUAGAGGAGCUACUCAGGACCUCAGAGAAAGAGUGCUCCCUGCUAGAGACAAAGACCACUGCACUCCAACAGCAGGUCGAGCAGGACAAACUGAACAGAGACGACCUGCUAAAUGAAAAGGCCGCCCUGUUGAGGACCUGCGAUGAGCUAAAAUUACAGCUCUCGGUGCAGGUCGAGACAUGUGAUGCGGUGCAGGUAAAACUGAGGAGGUGUGAGGAAAAGAACUUCCUGCUCAUUGCAAAUAACUGUGCUCUAGAGCAGGAAGUGAAAGAGGAAAAACAUGGCAGAGCACAGUUAGAAAAUGAGAAGGCCACCAUGUUGAACACCAGUAAAGACCUCGAGGCAGAGCGCUCCCUGCUGGUGGACAGGUGCGGCGCACUGGACCACGCCCUGGCUACAACUCAGGAAGAGCUCUCCCUGCUGACUGUAAAGAACAGGGCUCUACACCAGCAGGUAGAGCAGGAACAUCACAUGAAGACUGCUUUAGAGGAAGAGAAAAUAGCUCUGGUAAACACCCGUGAGAAGCUGAACACAGAGCUCUCCCUACUGCUCCAAAGAUUCAGCGCCUUGGAGGAAAAGCAGAGGAGCACAGAAAGACAGCGCUCCCUGCUGGAGGAGGAGUCUCUUCGGAACCACAUCAGGAUCACGUCGCGGGUCACCAAAUUGUCAGCUUCUCCUGGAGGCAGCCUGAACAGAGGAUCUUAA